GGGCCCCCCGCCUCCUGCUUUCCCGCAGCAAAAGGCGAAGUGCUGAGUCACGGUGAGCGGCUGCGCCCUCCACGCUGCCUCCUUGCGCUCGCGCCCUCUGCCCGCACCUGCCCCGCCGCACAGGCUCCAGCCGCCGCCGCUGCUGCCAUCAGAACACUCUUGAGACUUCGACAUGGUGUCCUCCAAGAAGGUUACCCUCUCGGUGCUCAGCCGGGAGCAGUCGGAAGGGGUUGGAGCACGGGUACGCAGAAGCAUUGGCAGACCCGAGUUAAAAAAUCUGGAUCCAUUUUUACUGUUCGAUGAAUUUAAAGGUGGUAGACCAGGUGGAUUUCCUGAUCACCCACAUCGAGGUUUUGAAACAGUAUCUUACCUCUUGGAAGGGGGCAGCAUGGCCCAUGAAGACUUCUGUGGACACUUUGGUCAAUUGAACCCAGGAGACCUGCAGUGGAUGACCGCGGGCCGGGGCAUUCUGCAUGCUGAGAUGCCAUGCUCAGAGGAGCCAGCCCAUGGCCUGCAACUGUGGGUUAAUUUGAGGAGCUCAGAGAAGAUGGUGGAGCCUCAGUACCAGGAACUGAAAAGUAAAGAAAUCCCUAAACCCACUAAGGACGGUGUGACAGUUGCUGUCAUUUCUGGAGAAGCCCUGGGUAUAAAGUCCAAGAUUUACACUCGCACACCAACCUUAUAUUUGGAUUUCAAAUUGGACCAAGGAGCAAAACAUUCCCAGCCUGUUCCUAAAGGGUGGACAAGCUUCAUUUAUACCAUAUCUGGAAAUGUGUAUAUUGGGCCUGAUGAUGCACAACAAAAAAUAGAACCUCAUCACACAGCAGUGCUGGGGGAAGGUGACAGUGUCCAGGUGGAGAACAAAGAUCCUGAGAGAAGCCAUUUUGUCCUGAUUGCUGGGGAGCCAUUAAGAGAACCAGUUGUCCAACAUGGUCCAUUUGUGAUGAACACCAAUGAAGAGAUUUCUCAGGCCAUUCUUGAUUUCAGAAAUGCAAAAAAUGGGUUUGAAAGAGCCAAAACCUGGAAAUCAAAGAUUGGAAACUAGUGAAGAGCACGAGAGCAGGUCUUGAUGCUUUCUAGAAUUUUGCCACUUGUGGCAUCCAUCUGUUCAACGCAUUCAGUUUCCAAAGCUGACUUAACUGGUGCUUCUGAAGAAUUCCACACUAAAGUGAUAGCAUGGUUUUUAUAGCAAUGUACAGUGAGAUAAAUUCCUGGCACGUGCAAAUAAACCUAAUUG